UCACCAUACCAUUUCUAAUUGUUUUCACUCGUCAAAAACCAGAUACUUCGGCUUCCAAAGCCCAACAUGAACCAACUGCCGAACCAUCCCAAAAUUGGCUCCCUCCUGGGGAAGAGAAGACCCGUCAUCAAGCUCUCCCCAAAUUUCCGAAGCUUAGCUGGCGAUGCCUGCGAAAGAACUCCGAUGGACGAGUCCAAGAUUCUUCCAUGGUCCAAAUUCACAUUUAACAGCAUUGUGAAUGCAUACGGCGAUGUUCUAGAACAGGCUGUAAGCAGCAAACCACCGGAUGAGGUGCCAGAGAUCGACUGCGAGAAUCAUUGCAUGAUGGUACAGAUAUGUUACAAGUCGUUCCACAUACCCACCGCAAUUAGUUCAGCCAUCAGCUUGGGAAAAUACAUCCUCCGUCCUAGGCUCGGUACAGAUACGAAUCUGGCAUGCGCUGAAGCGAGAGAAUUGAGUGAGAGACUCCCUAAACACGCUCAGAGGUUGGAUUUCGGCGACGAGGACCACGUUCAAGUCUUCUAUGACCCAAACCCAAACAGCUGGCACCCCUUUCUUGCUACUAGCCUCACCGUACCCUCAUGCACAUGGGAGUCAGGCUCCCUCGUCACCGCAAAUCGUGACAAACAACCCAAGCUUGGCCCUAUCGAACAAUUGGCUGCCUGUGCAAAAAAGACCAAUACUUGUUUCUCGUUCAUCUUGGGGGAUAAAGAUAUUGUCGUCCUGCAAUUCUUCAAGACGGAAACCGGGGGUAUGGGAGUGUACUAGAAGGCUAUUCCAUGCGACACAGAGGGGGAGGACACAUUGACAGCUAAUUUGGCGAUAUGGACUCUGAUCAUGAUGAGUCUGAAGAUUGAAAAAAAUGUUCUCGUACCCAAAGAGAGUAUAAUUCCUCUCGAUCUCUGGAACGGGGUAGUU